CAUCCAUGCUACUGACAAAAGAUAUUACAUGCAAUACAUCUUGAGAUAUUUAAGUAUUGUUGGCACUUUAUUGACAGCACUGUAUUUCAACUCUGAGCGGGCUGAGGUGAGUGAUAAGUAAGAAUUUCCCUAAACCUUUAUUAAUGAUUAACAAGCGGUGGGUAGUGUCACAGAGUUUUGCAGGAAAUUGUUAUUUAAAAAGGUACGUGUGGUUUAGCUAGAGCCCACACGGAAGAAGUUGGACCAUGGGUUGUUCCUUGAUGCUUGUGCUGUUGUCAGCACUAUUCAAUACAGCCCAAACUAUCCCAACCACGAAUCCAGACUACAGCACAACGAUUCUCCUUUUUCCCUUUAAUUAUUCUAGCACUGUUAGCCUAGCCCCAGCUGAUACUCACAGUCCACAGUCUACUGGGACUCAACCAUCAGUAACAACCAUCAACAUCUCCUAUCCUAACCCAACUUCUCCAUCCAGCACUCCUGUUUCAGCUAUCUUCAUUUUUGCCACAACCCCUCCAUCAAGGACGCUUACUAUGAGUACAGCUCUCUCUACUCCUGCCACAACAUCAAGUACUGCAGUUACUUCUGAAGCUACUGUCUCUUAUACUACAACUCCUCCAUCAACUACUCCCAAUACCACUCUACUUCCCCCUACCAAUACCCCAACCCCUCAAUCAAGUACGCUUACUAUGAGUACAGCUCUCUCUACUCCUGCCACAACAUCAAGUACUGCAGUUACUUCUGAAGCUACUGUCUCUUAUACUACAACUCCUCCAUCAACUACUCCCAAUACCACUCUACUUCCCCCUACCAAUACCCCAACCCCUCAAUCAAGUACGCUUACUAUGACUACAGCUCUCUCUACUCCUGCCACAACAUCAAGUACUGCAGUUACUACUGAAGCUACUGUCUCUUAUACUACAACUCCUCCAUCAACUACUCCCAAUACCACUAUAUUUCCCUCUACCCUUGCCACAACCCCUCCAUCAAGUACGCUUACUAUGACUACAGCUCUCUCUACUCCGUCCACAACAUCAAGUACUACUACUACAAAUACUACAACUUCUACAUCAACUACUCCCAAUACCACUCUACUUCCCUCUUCCAAUACCACAACCCCUCAAGUCCCACUAAAAUGUUUCAAGGGUGGCAUGGUUCAAGAUGGAGUCUGCAUCUGUCCAGAUGAGUGGAGUGGUGACACCUGCUCUAUUGCUAACUUCUGUAAUAAGACUCAACUGGAAGAUUUCGAGUUCCCACAAACUGUAGUUGGCUGGUUCGCUUACUCUUCACAGAUGUGUUUACCUGGUACAACCAACUCUGGUAUUUCCAGAGCCUCAGCCAGGUGCUCGUACAACAAUGGAAACCCAAAAUUUGACUCCAUUGAAAAAAUUGAAUGUGAAUUAACCCUUGAGAAUAUUCAAGCAAAUGUCACGGUUUCACUUGGGGCAGUGGAAGCACAGCAGCUAGCAAGCAGUACACAGAUCCUUACUUCCAGACCAGAGCAGCUGACGGCCUCAAACAUCACUUCUGCAGCGCAGAUAGUCAAUACCAUCCUGUCCAACAGCAUCAACAUUACAGAGGGGAUAGCUGAAGCUGCUGUGACAACAAUUAGUCAGCUACUGACUGCUGAUCCUCAACAAUUCCCUGAGCAAAGCAAUGCCACCGUAAGACUAACAGGAACCUUGGAAAGGUUUUCAGUAAGUCAGAGUAAUAAUGCAUCAUUGGUGGUUCAGCCCAGACUGGUGGUUCAGUCUACUCAGGUGCGAAGUGACCAGACAGCAGGCAUCCAAUUCAGUGCACUCUCUGGCACAUCAAAUAACUUUACAACAAACAGAAUCCAACUGAAAAGGAAUGUCUCAGAAAUUGAAGAUACAAAUAUUCCGUCUGAUGUCCAGAUUUUCAUCAGACUUCCCCCAGCUUCUUUGCCAGAGCGGAGUAAAAGCGUUAGGGUUGGUUUUGUACUCUAUGAGAACGACCUCCUCUUCAGGUCAAAAGCCUUCCAGCCCUCACUUGGCACUAGGAGGAUGGUGAUCUCUGGAAGUCUAGGAAAUGUCAAAGCCGAACAAGUGAACUUACGGUUCAUGCCCAUGAAUGUGUCUGACAAAGUCCUGCAUGACUUUGCCUGUGUGUUCUGGGACUACAGCCUGAAUGACUGGAGCACCAAGGGCUGCUCCAAAGUGAGCCUCCCAACUGGGAGUCUCCAGUGUCGCUGUAACCACACUACUAACUUCGCUGUGCUGAUGUCUUUUAGGGCAGAUUCGAGGUAUGCUGAGGCACUGAGUUUGAUCAGCAUUGUGGGGUGCUCUUUAUCUAUCGUGGGACUGCUAUUAACUACAAUAUUCCAAAUUAUCACCAGAAAGUCCAGAAAAAGUGCUCCCACAGUCCUCCUGGUCAGCAUCUGUGUGUGUAUGACCAUCUUUUACUUCCUCUUCCUGUUUGGAAUGAAUAACCCCAACGCCAGUUUAGACCGGGACAUCAGAGCGUCAGAGGAAAACACCAUCCCGUCCUCUGACCUCCACCAGGAGCCUGACAAAGGGCCCUGCACUGCACUCACUGCCCUGAUGCAGUACUUCCUGUUAGCCACCUUCACCUGGAACACACUCUACGCUGGGCAUAUAUUCUUACUCAUCAGAAAAACCCUCUCAGGUCCACCUAGAGGAUUCCUGGCGGUGUCCAUAGCUAUAGGCUGGGGAUUCCCUGCUGUUGUGAUUGCAAUCACACUGGGAGUGUCUUACAGAGUGGAUGAUCCUUUGGGCUAUCGACGAGAAGAGUUCUGUUGGCUUGCGGCUCUGAACCGAGAUGAGGAGUUUGACUUCGGAAAGCCACUUUUUUGGGGCUUUUUGCUUCCAGUAGCUAUUAUGCUGCUUUUUAAUACUGCAGUGUUAAUAUACUUUGGAAUUUCUACAUGCAAGAAGGAUCCCCUGUUAAGCAGCACAAGCAGCACCUCACUGAAGAAGUUGUUCAUGAGCAGCUUCUCUCUGGGGGCUCUCCUUGGCCUUACUUGGGUUCUGGGCUACCUGGUAAUCUCUACCAGUGACCCCACACUGAGCAACAUCUUCAGCAUAUUAUUCUGUGUGUGUAACACCACCCAGGGCUUACAGAUCUUCAUUUUGUUUACGGUGAGGACAGCCUACUUCAGGAAGAUGUUCCUGUCCAUCACACAUUCAGUAUCAGCUCCUGAGAUCGGUCUCCAAAGACAGAAGUACGUCCUGCAGGACCUCAAGAAAGGCUCACAUGAUUUGUCAAAAAGUGCAGACGCAGAACUGUCUGCCGGAACUUUCUCACUGACCAUUUCAUACAUUUAGUAUUUAUGAUUCAUUCUGAUCUCUUAUUCAUUAAUUUCUCAAACUGAUGUGAUGAAGUGCCAUCUCAUUGGAUGUAAUUUUCAGCCACACUGCAGGGGGCGCUGUUUCUGCUCACCAACUACUCUCUGGUGGUUGACAUGAAUUGUCUGCUGCAUCACCAAGCUUUAGACGCUAAAUUAUUAAAAACAGAGAGAGGAAGUAAAAAACAAAAGCAAAGUGAAUUAUGAACAUGUUUGGCAACCAAUUACGUAGUAACAGUAAGCACACCUGGCAGAUCCUUUCUUCAGCCGGCUUUUCAGGCAGUCAUGUCAACACAUGGUUUCCUUUAGGUUCAGCACUAAUAGUGAUGGUAAUCUUUCUAUGCCUUUGGGUGGGUUUUCUUACUGUUUGUGGUUAUGGUGAGUGCCAUUUUUUGGUCAAAAGAUGUGGCUGACAGUGGUGUUUAUGGCCUAUUGUGUGUAUUCAUGCUACCUGUGUGUCCUUACUGUGUGUGGCAGAGGUUCCUCUAUGAUGUGGCAGUGUUCAUGGCAGUGUAUGCCUGGGCUGUAUUGCUGUGCAUAGUUGUUGCCUGUGUAAAAGUUUGUUACAGAAGGCCCCCCUGGGAAGUGCAGGGUAAUUUGAACACUGAUAAUCUCCCUAAUCCUCUCUUCACACUGCUACCGUCUGGUCACAGAUACAGCAAUUUAAGAUGGAAAAGUUUUGUCCCCUCUGCCAGUAUCGCACUCGCUAGCACUAAUGUUAUGACCCAGAAUCACAGGGAGAGGUAGGGAAUUAAUAUAUGUUUAUAUGUUUGUGACGUGGAUGUCUUAUGUGUCAGACUAUGUGUUGGUCUGUCUCCUAUAAGCAGCUACUACUUUGGAAAAGUUCUAAGAAUGCAGAAGAAAUGGAUAAUGCUUUUGAGAUUUGUAUUUUUGUGUCCAUAUCCAUCACCAUGAACAUUAAAACAGAACAGUACAGAACAGAACGCUUUAAGUAUCAGAAUGCAUAAUAAAGCACUGAUGACAUGUUUGCCUUAGGUCAAAUGCUGCGUAUUGUUUGUAAAUGUGUUUAUAAUGUUUUAUAGAUACCAGGUUUAAGUUAAGUUAAAUGUUGCUAUAUUAAAGGUUCCCAAGAGCUAAGCGGCACACUGGGGUUUUGUGAUGCUUUGAUGAGGGGAAACAUGAAUUUAAAUGAUUUUAGCGUAAGACUGCACAUAACAAAAUGUACAAAAGUGUAGGGGUCUGAAUACUUUCUGACUGUACUGUAUUGUGAUGGAAUGGGCUACUUACAAAACAAAGCAUCAGAGGCCUCAUAGAUUCUUUUGUGGUUCAGACAAGUACUGUAUUUGCCAUGGAUUUUAUGAAAUACAAUAAAAAUGUCAGAACCCAAGAA